UUUCAUAAAUCAAUUUUAAUUUGUGUGAUAAUCGGCAAUACCAAAAGAUAAUCAAUAGCGUCUAAAAAAAUGGCUGUCGAUAGCACAGUAUACUGUGGUGUAGUAUACUGUGGUCGAUAGUAUCGAUAGCGCUAUCGAGUACUUUGCAGUUCUAUUGAUACAGCUGUUUAUUAUUUUGCGGGGAAGCAAAUGUAAAUUGUUGACUCAGUUGUUUUGAGCAAAUGAAGAUUUUUAAAGCUGUUGAAUGACAGUAAAGUACUUACAAGCGCACGAAUGGUACGUAUUCUCUUUCUUCAUCCCGAUCUGGGGAUUGGUGGCGCAGAGCGGCUAGUUGUGGACGCAGCUCUCGCGUUGAAAGCACGAGGACAUGAAGUCAGUUUCUUGACUAAUCAUCAUGACCCAACGCACUGUUUUAAAGAAACUUCUGAUGGCACUUUGCAGGUGCAAGUCGUUGGCGAUUGGUUGCCACGUAAGAUUUUUGGCCGAUUCUAUGCACUAUGUGCCUACUUACGCAUGAUGUAUGCUGCCCUAUAUGCUUCUUUCGUGCUGUCGCACCGUGAAAAUAUUGAUGUUUUCUUCUGUGAUCAAAUCUCUGUUGGCGUGCCCAUAUUGAAACUUGCUAAGAGACGACCAAAAAUAAUUUUCUACUGCCACUUUCCUGACCAGUUAUUGAGCAUUCGAGAAGGCUACCUUAAAAGUGUUUACCGGGCGCCAUUAAAUUAUCUUGAAGAAUUUACCGUCGGCAUGGCGGAUGUGACGUUGGUUAAUUCCAAAUUCACCUUACGAGUUUUCGGUGACACAUUCCAACGUUUAGAUGUGGUACCCGACGUAUUAUAUCCAUCUCUAAAUACUCAAUACUUCGAUGCAAUGCAAAAGAAGAUAGCAGCUAUGCCAAGCAUGGAAUUCGGAGUGAAAGCAUGUGAAGAAAUACCGCGUAAUGCAUUCAUCUUUCUGGAUAUUAAUCGAUAUGAACGAAAGAAGAAUCAUGCUUUAGCUUUGCAUUCCUUUCGUUUGUUGAUUGACGCCUUGUCAGCUCCGGAUUCGAAGCGUUGUCGCUUGAUCAUCGCUGGUGGAUACGAUGAUCGUGUAGUAGAAAAUGUGGAGCACUACAAUGAGCUUCGUCAGAUAGUCAGCAAGUUGGAACUCCAAGAAAAUGUGAUAUUGCUGCGCUCUCCUAACGACGAUGAGAAAUUUAUGUUGCUUCAUAAAGCACACUGUCUGCUUUACACUCCCGAUAACGAGCACUUCGGUAUUGUGCCACUGGAAGGCAUGUAUAUGUCGAAACCAAUAAUUGCAUUAAAUAGUGGCGGACCAACGGAAACGAUUGUGAAUAAUUCUACAGGAUUUUUAUGCGAGCAACAACCAUCAAAGUUUGCAGAUGCAAUGCUGCAGUUAUAUAAGGAUGAUGCCUUGCGUGAACGAAUGGGCGUGAUGGGGCACAAGAGAGUGCAACAGAAAUUCUCAUUUGAAGCAUUUACCGACAAACUCAAUAAUAUUGUGGAAACCGUCAUCAAACCGGUCUGGACAAAGGAGAGUAGUAAGAAAAAAGAUGCAUAAAUACGAGGCGAAAAAUUAACAUGGCCGUAUUAAUAGGUCGUUAAAUAGACACGCCGUAACCGCUUAG